AUGUCAUCUUCCAAUACAACUGGGUCCAGUCCCCUGACCUUCAUCCUCACCGGCAUUCCCAGUCUGCCGAUGAGCAGCUACUGGGUGGCGUGGCCUCUCUGCUGCCUGUACGUCCUCAUGCUCCUGGGGAACUGCACCUUGCUCUGGAUGAUCAGGACGGACCACAGCCUCCACACACCCAUGUACUAUUUCCUCUCCAUGCUGGCCGCGGCAGACCUGGGCUUGUCCCUCUCCACCCUGCCCACCAUGCUGGCCAUUUUCUGGUUCGAGUCUACCUCCCUCCGCUUCGAGGCGUGCAUCGUCCAGAUGUACUUCAUCCACUCCUUCUCCGCCAUCGAGUCCGGGGUCCUGGUGGCCAUGGCCUUCGACCGCUUCGUUGCCAUUUGCUACCCCUUGCGCUACACCUCCGUGCUGACGAGCUCCCUGAUCACGAAGGCAGGAGGCGCGAUCGUCUUGCGGGGCGUCUGCGUGGUGCUACCCGUUGCCAUCCUCAUCAAGAAGAUGCCUUUCUGCAGGUCGCGCAUCCUGUCUCACUCCUUCUGCCUGCACCAGGACAUGCUGAGAGUGGUUUGUGGGGACGUCAGGGUCAACAGCUUGUACGGUCUGAUGGCGGUGAUACUCACCAAGGGUCUGGACAUCUUGGCCAUCCUCCUGUCCUACACGAUGAUCAUCAGAGCCAUCCUGAGCAUCGUCUCCCAGGAAGCACGAGCCAAAGCCUUUAGCACGUGCAUCUCCCACCUCUGUGCCGUCCUGAUCUUCUACAUCCCGCUCAUCAGCUUGUCCAUCAUCCACAGGUUUGGGAAGCACCUUCCCCCCCUGACUCACACACUCCUGGCCGAUGCCUACCUCCUGGUGCCACCUGUCCUGAACCCGCUGGUGUACAGCUGGAAAACCAAGCGGAUCCGCAGGCGCAUCCUCGUCCUGCUCUGCCCGAGAGGGACCCGGCAGCGGGUUUAG